AUGCAGUCUCAGCAGCCCAUUCCUCAACCGCAACCAUCUCCCCCAGAAGGCACCCAUAAUGCUUCCCAAUUUGAACUCGAACAACCGUCUCUACCCGCAACAGAUCGAGGAAAAGACGCUUGGUUGAUGUUAGCCUCGUGCUGCUUAAUCCAAUUACCGGUCUGGGGCUUUUCUCUCGUCUAUGGGAUAUUUCAAGAGUACUAUUCCUCGCACAAUGACCUUCAAGGGAGCAAAGGGGAUCUGGCAGUAGUGGGAACGACUUCAACUGGAAUCCUCUAUCUUCUUUCCCCCGUAUCUUUCACUCUUCUCACCCGUUAUCCCCAGCUACAGAAGUAUUGUGCUUCUGUUGGCCUGUUGCUCAGUGUUUCUGGCUCUCUCCUUUCCUCUUUCUCGAUAACAGUGUGGCACUUAAUUGUCACUCAGGGUGUUCUAUGCGCCGUUGGGAAUGGUCUGGUCUUUAGCCCGACAACCCUAUAUCUUGAUCAAUGGUUUGUCCGUCGUAAAGGCCUCGCGUAUGGGAUUAUGUGGGCUGCCAAAAGCAUCUGCGGUGUAGUCCUCCCUUUUCUAGCCAGCGCCUGUCUUGAACGUUUUGGAGCGAGAACCACCUUGAGAGCCUGGACAGUCACUACGCUACUCUCUACGUUGGCAGCUCUGCCAUUCGUAAAGCCGCGAAUCCCACCCUCACUAUCGACCUCCGCUCGACGUCUGGACUUAACAUUCCUGAAGCUGGUCACUUUCUGGAUGCUACAAAUGGGGAAUAUUAUCCAGGGCUUUGGGUAUUUUCUGCCUACGACUUAUUUGCCAUCUUACUCGACCAGUGUAGCUGGUCUAUCUAAGACCACGGGCACGCUUUUAUUGGCCCUCUUCAAUUCGACUUCCGUGGUUGGUGGAAUAGUGAUCGGCUCACUUUGUGACCGCUUCGCCGUUACGAACAUGAUGCUUUUCUCAUCAGUAGGUUCAGCGCUCUCUGUCUUCCUCUUUUGGGGCCUCUCAACAUCAACCUCAUCAUCUUAUCCAAGGGCUGCGACUGGUCUUCUCACUCUUUUCUCCAUAACAUACGGUUUCUUUGCCGGUGGCUUCAGCUCCACUUGGUCUGGCGUAUUAACGCAGAUCAAGCGGGAGAGACCAUCGUUGGAGACUGGGUUGGUGUUUGGAUUGCUAGCUGGAGGGAGAGGGAUUGGGAAUGUAAUUAGUGGACCCUUGAGUACCGCUUUGAUCGAGAAAGGAUCAGUUGGUGGGAGUGACACCGGAUAUGGCACGGAAUACGGGGCAUUGAUCUUGUUCACUGGCAUAACCGCCUUCCUUGGGGCUUGGAGCUGGAUGUGGCGUUACCUGAGUGUCUGUUAUCAUUCAUAA